AUGGACCAGGGAAAGUGCGCAACGGGGAUGAAGAAGAAGGAGUUGCUGUGGAGGAAUGAGAGGAUUUGGGAUGCACCUAUCAUCGGCAAUACCAGCAAAGGCAUUGUACCAGGCCAGGAAGGCGGCGAACAGGCUACAGUAUCCCCCCACCUUGAUGAGGGAGACCUUGGGGGCACCGCCCUCGCCGUACAGGUAGCCGAGGGAGAGGAAGAGGAAGGCGAGGUCGAGGAAGAAGAAGAGCAGGAAGAAGGCGACAGUGGAGCACAGGGUGCAGAGGACGAGGAUGGUGCCGAAGGCGUUGGUGAAGUCGUCGACGCCGGAGGUGUCAUCGGUAUAGGUGGCGAUGAUAUCGAAGCCUCCGGGGGUGAGGAUGAUGGCGAAGGAGAGCCAGAAGCCGCCGUAGGAAGCGAGUGCGGUAGCACCGAAGGUGUUACCGACGGCCAUUUCCCUGGGGACCAGGGUUCCUUUUCAGAUUUGACUUCUUGGAAUUUACGUUGA